AGAAGAAGAUGAGCUGUCAGUAAUGUUUGUAUUUAUAGGUUAAAUGAUAUAUUUUAAAGUUUAUUAAAUUAAUAUGUUUGAAAACGACGAUGAUUACGAUUUUAACCCAUUAGACAGUUCGAAAUUAUCAUCUUUAUUUGAAUCGCCCCCAUCACAAAAUGAAGAUACUUCAAAAAAUUUGAUAUACACAGCACCUAAACAACCCACAGUUUCGAAAAAUACAUCUACAACAGUGAUAACAAUAAAGAUAGUUAUUUUAUGGAAAUCGGAAGAUAAAACUUACAAACCGAUGGGAAAACACGGUUUAGCUAUUAUAGGUUCAACAGAUUUAAAAACUUACGAAGUAAUAGCUUAUAAACAUAAAACUAAUACAGUAUUGCGAGCGAAAAUAAAUGAACAAUUCUAUUUUCAACAACGUAAAGAUAAUUUUUCGUCUUUUUACGACAACAACAAACAAAACUGGUUAGUCAGAUUCGAUAAUAACGAACAACAGAUAGAAUUUAGUGAACAUUUAAAAUUAUGCGGAGGUAUCGUAAUAUUAGAAGACGAUAAUAAACCGAAAAUUUCACCCAAACCUGCGACUCAAGAUCUCGAUUCCGAUAGUUCGGAUUCGAUAAAAAAAGCGAAUAUAUUAAACAGGAUCACCAAAAUGGGGCAACAGAUAGUUCCAAAACCACUAGAAGUAAUCGAAUCUGACAUUUCGGACGAAUACGAAAGUAACAAAAAUAAAAAAUUUAGGAGAAUAAAAAAAAUCGAUAGGGAAGAAGAAACAAAUAUCGUACCCAUAUGUUAUUCGAGCUACAACGAUCUAAAUUCAAUAUUAAUAUCACAUAACUCCGAAAUAAAGACUAGCUUAAAUCAAAUAGUGGAAAAAUUAGAUACGAUCAGUGUACAAAAAAAAGAAUGCAGUAGCUCGUUGUCGUCUAGAUUGAAAGUAUUAGAGCUGAAAUCGGAAAAUUUACAAGCGGAAUUGAAGAGAUACAAGCAAAAAUGUUCGGAUUUGGAAAAGAAAACUUCGGCAGAUGUAUUGGAAAAAUCGCUAGAAGAAAGUAAACUACAUGAACAAACUGUAGAAACUUUGAAAGAAUCUGUGGAAGAUUUGAAGAAUAAAUAUGCGAAAAUCGAGCAAGAAAACGUCGAUUUGAAGGAAAAAAUUGAGGAAUAUGAAAAAAUCGAGGCGGAGAGAAGAAAAAAGGUACAAGAAAAUGAAGAAAACGUUCGAAUUUUAUGUCGUUUAGUUAAAGAAGAAAUGAACGAAAUGUAUCAAUCUGUUUUAAAUGAGUUUGAUAUAGAGGAGUCUUAUACAUUGAAUCAGAUACAGAACGUGCUUAUUAAAGGACUUAAAGAUGCUUCUUACAGGAUUAUUAACGAUAUAAAAGAAAAAAUAGGGGAUGUAAAGGAUGAUUAAAGCAUUGUCUCUUUAUUAUUAUCCUUAAAAUUUAAAAAAUAAA